AUGUCCCAACUCGAAGCUUUUAUCAAGGCUCUUUCGCGCACACUCUGUUGGUCCGCUUCCUUCUAUCCCCAACCUAUUGAGAACUACCGCCGAAAGGCGACCACCGGACUGGCCAUCGACUUCCCCACGAUCAAUGUCCUCGGAUUCGUCUGCUAUGCCGUAUAUACGGGGACAUUCUUAUACUCUCCCGUGAUCCGUCGUCAGUAUGCCGCUCGGCAUCCCUUGGCUCAGGAGCCAACAGUGCGGUUCAACGACUUUGCCUUUACCCUGCAUGCCGUUAUCCUGAGCGGACUGGUCUAUUCGCAGUUUUGGCCGAAAAUAUGGGGCUUCCAGGUAUCGCGCUUCCAGAAAGUCAGUACGCCGAUUGCAGGGCUCUUCUGGGGUGCGUUUGUCGCAGUGGCCGUGGUUGUCUGCGUUGUCUUAGCCAAGAGCCCCGACGAUGGCUAUGAACCGUUGAGCUGGGCUUGGAUCGACGUAAUUUACGCUCUUUCAUACGUGAAGCUAGUGAUUACGGUUGUCAAGUACGUGCCGCAAGCGUGGGUCAACUAUAAGCGGAAAUCCACACGUGGCUGGAGCAUUGUCCAGAUCUUGCUCGAUUUCACUGGAGGUGUGCUUUCGCUAGCUCAAUUGGUCAUCGACUCCUCCUUUGAAGACGAUUGGAGCGGUAUUGCCGGGAAUCCUAUCAAGUUUCUCCUGUCGAAUGUGAGCAUUUUUUUCGAUCUGCUUUUCAUGGUGCAGCAUUACAUCCUUUACCGAGAUGCCGAAGAUAACGACAAGAGCAACGGUCCCAGCGUUUACAGCCCGCUAUUGUCGGCACAGAAUCCUCCAGAUGUUUGA